AUGGCUUUGAGUGUUUAUGUCUGUCUUCCUCUCCCAGGCUCUGAAAAGCGGCCAUUCCUCAGAUUUGAAGCUGAAAACAUUUCCAACUACACGGCCCUUCUGCUGAGCAGGGAUGGCAGGACUCUGUACGUGGGUGCCCGAGAGGCUCUCUUUGCUCUCAACAGUAGUUCCAGCUUCCUGCCAGGCGGGGAGUACCAGGAGCUGCUGUGGAGCGCAGAUGCAGACAGGAAACAGCAGUGCAGCUUCAAGGGCAAGGACCCACAGGACGUCUUCACGCUGAGCCCCAGCCCCCAGGACUGGCAGGACACCCUCUUCUAUGGGGUCUUCACAUCCCAGUGGCACAGGGGGACCACGGAGGGCUCCGCCCUCUGUGUCUUCACCAUGAAAGACGUGCAGAAGGCCUUCAACGGCCUGUACAAGGAGGUGAACCGGGAGACACAGCAGUGGUACACUGUGACCCACCCAGUGCCCACACCCCGUCCCGGAGCGUGCAUCACCGACAGUGCCCGGGAGAGGAAGAUCAGCUCGUCCCUGCAACUCCCAGACCGUGUGCUGAACUUCCUCAAGGACCACUUCCUGAUGGACGGGCAGGUCCGCAGCCGCCUGCUGCUGCUGCAGCCCCGUGCCCGCUACCAGCGCGUGGCCGUGCACCGCGUGUCCGGCCUGCACCACACCUACGACGUGCUCUUCCUGGGCACCAGCGAUGGCCGGCUGCACAAGGCGGUGGGCGUGGGCCCCAGGGUGCACAUCGUCGAGGAGCUCCAGAUCUUCUCGCCAGGACAGCCCGUGCAGAACCUGCUGCUGGACGCCAGCAGGGGACUGCUCUACGCUGCCUCCCACUCAGGCGUAGUCCAGGUGCCUGUGGCCAACUGCAGCCUGUACCAGAGCUGUGGGGACUGUGUCCUCGCCCGGGACCCCUACUGUGCUUGGAGCGGUUCCAGCUGCAGACACGUCAGCCUCUACCAACCUGAGGCGGCCUCCAGGCCGUGGAUCCAGGACAUUGAGGGGGAGAACGCCAGGGGCCUCUGCAACACGUCCUCAGCCCGGCUUCCGGCUCCUGUACUAACAGGCGAGAAGCCGUGUGAGCGGGUCCAGUUUCAGCCCAACACGGUGAACACGUUGGCCUGCCCCCUCCUCUCCAACCUGGCCACCCGGCUCUGGCUCCACGACGGGGCCCCUGUCAACGCCUCGGCCUCCUGCCGCGUGUUGCCUACUGGGGACCUGCUGCUGGUGGGCAGCCAGCAGGAACUGGGGGUGUUCCAGUGCUGGUCGCUGGAGGAGGGCUUCUGGCAGCUGGUGGCCAAUUACUGCCCAAAGGUAGCAGAGGACCUGAUCGCGGACCGAGCAGACCGGAGCGGCGGCGUGCCCGUCGUCAUCAGCACGUCGCGGGUGAGCGCGCCGGCCGGCGGCAAGGCCAGCUGGGGUGCGGACAAGUCCUACUGGACCGAGUUCCUGGUGAUGUGCGCGCUCUUCGUGUUCGCUGUGGUGCUCCUGAUUUUAUUCUUCCUCUACCGGCACCGGGGCGGCAUGAAAGUCUUCCUGAAGCAGGGGGAGUGUGCCAGUGUGCACCCCAAGACCCGCCCUACGGCGCUGCCACCCGAGACCCGGCCGCUUAACGGCGUAGGCCCCCCUAGCACCCCUCUCGACCACCGAGGCUACCAGGCCCUGUCAGACAGCCCCCCAGGGCCCCGCGUCUUCACGGAGUCCGAGAAGAGGCCGCUCAGCAUCCAGGACAGCUUUGUGGAGGUGUCCCCGGUGUGCCCCAGGCCCCGGGUCCGCCUGGGCUCUGAGAUCCGGGACUCCGUGGUGUGA